AUGAUCAAUCAUCAUCAACAAGUUAUUAAUACGGAUGAAUGGAAACCUUUUGCUUCAUCGUUGAUUCAAUUUUUUGGUUCCGAUGGAGUGGAUCGUAUGAAACAACAAACCAUUUUGAUUCAUCAUUUAUUACAGCACAGUUGUGGAGAUGUCUUGAUUGGAUUGGAAAUUGCCAAGAAUAUUGUGUUGAGUUUUGGAGGAUCGGAUCAUGAUAUAACCUUGUUGGUAGAAAUUGCAAAUACAAAUUUCUUUCGGAAUUAUGGAAAAGGCUUACAAGAAAUAUUUCAAGCCUUUUCGUUUUUAUUGGAGGAUGAUGAUGAAAUCUUGUUCACAUUCCAAGAAGACAAUUAUGACAAGUCGCAGAAUCGUCAUCUGCAAGAAAUUCAACACAUUUACGAAAGGUUUUUUGCAUCAAAGGGUGGAAACGUACGAGUGAUUGUCGAGUUUUGUGAUCAAAUUGAAAAAUCGAGAUUGCAAAAUGAUUCAUUCCUUUCACAAUUUACCAUCAUUUCUGUCAACAAUUAUAACAUGCUUGAUCUGAUUGCUGUAAAUGAAAAAUGUAGAUCGCACAAUAUCAAAAUGAUUGCUGCAGAGACGCGAGGACUUGUUGGCUCCGUUUUUUCUGAUUUUGGAAAUUCCUUUGUGGUCAAGGAUUUACCUCAUCCAAAUUCUGUUCUCUAUGAUUAUUUCUAUGUGACCGAUAUUUCGCCAACAAACCCUGCCACUAUCACUCUGAGAGGAGGUUCCUUGCAAGGUCAAACAACUAAUUUAAAAGGAGGAGACGUUAUUAAUUUGCAAAGAAUCGAAAGUAUACCUGAAAUUGAAGGCUCUUACUUUACAUGCCUUGAUGUUAAUUAUUUGUAUGACAAUAAUUUGUGUGUGACCAUAGAUCUUGAUGCCACUAUGUUACCCCCUUUUGAUCCUGUUAGCGCUGGAUAUGUCAUUCGAGUUUGCAAAGAAACAAUUACUCAACACAAACCCUUGAAGGAGAUACUGGCAAACGCUUCUCUCGAAAGUUCUUUGUUGCACGUUGAAAAUCAGAAAUUACUUCAUGCAUCCAUUGAGUCUAUUGGAAAGUUCUACAAGCAAUUCCAUAGAUUUCCACAUUCACAUGACGAUUUCAAAGAACUAAUGUCGUUAGUGAAUCAAAGCAAUGGAGACUCUCAAUCCAUUUCCAAAACAGAUGAAGACAUUGUCACGAUCCUUGCAGCAACCUAUUCUUCCCAACUCGCAAUCAUUUCUGCUUUGAUUGGAGGAGUUGCAUCAAUGGAAAUUCAAAAAGCUGCCAGUUCCUACUAUGGACCCAUUCCCAAUCAACUCUUUUAUUUUGAUGCCUUCGAUUGUUUGCACAAGGAUCAAAAAGUGAAACUCGUUAACAACUAUUAUGACACCACAGAUCAUAUGGUGCAUGCUAGCAUGUACGAUGCGCAAGAAUUAAUUUUUGGAAAACACGUACAUGAGAAAAUUGAAAACUCAAAACACCUCUUAUACGAUAUGGGAUCCAUGGGUUGUGAGUUUUUGAAAAAUUAUACCAUGAUGGGUGUGGGAAAUGGUAUUCAAGGAUCCUUCUUAGUAAGUGAUGACAAGCAGGUGACUUUGAAACAUCUAGAAACCCAUGCCCUAUUCAGAAAAAAACAUAUUGGGCAAACAAAAUCUGAAGCGUCAACACAAGUUAUUCAAAAAUUGAAACACUCCAUAACCAAUUCUUCAACAAGAAGCUUUAUAACUUCCAUGAAAGAGUCGUCUAUUGACGAAAGUUCUGAAUUUUUAGUGGAUCUCAUCACUGAUAGUUUUAACGGAAAUAGCAGAGUUGAUUUUAAGGAAAUUUGCAAUCGAGACAAAAUCUCUCUCAUCAAAACGAUCUGUAAUAAUGGAGUCCUGUACGAUCUCCAAGUAGUGGUUCCAUAUGUCACAAGCUUGUACGAAAAUCUCGUGGGUGAUAAGCCAUAUUACAAAACCGGCUUACCAACUUUGCCCAUUCAAUGUAUGGAUUGGGCCAAGACUGUUGUUGAUCAAACGUUUGGCUAUUACGUCGAUCAAGCACUGAAUUAUGUACAGGAUCCAAAUGCAUUCUCUACUACCUCAGCGUUAGAACACGUGUAUAACGUGUUACUUCGAGACAGAUCAACUAAGUUCUUAGAUUGUGUGAAAUGGGCACGACUUCAAUUCGAAAUAUUGUUCAAAACUAGCAUUCAGUCCAUUAUGGAAAGAUAUGGAUAUGACAUGAUAUCGAACGGAACAAGGUUCUGGAGUGUAACAAAACGAUUUCCUAGAGUGUUGAAUUUUGAUAUAUACAAUGCCAAUCAUGUAGAGGUAGUAUCACUACUUUCCAAAUUUCAAGCACAAAGAUAUGGCAUCAACAUUCCCGAAGAAUUUGAUCUACUAACAUGUCUAAAAGAGAUAUCUGGAGACUCGAGUACUAUUGCUCGAAACGACUUGAUGGAUGACGAUACGGAUUACGCUCAAUUGUUGCAACAGUCAACCAUACCACACGAUAUGGAAUUACAUCCCUUUCACAACUAUGAAGAUGAAGACUACUUAAAGCUAAUUUACUUGACCACCAUUUUACGCUGUGAAAAUUUUAGAAUUAUUGAGCCCUCCAUGCUCAUUACAUGGCAUACGACACUAGAAUCGACACCAAUAGUUUUGAGUUUAUCAUCCAUAAUUUCUGCAUUGGGAUGUCUUGAAUUCUAUAAGAUCAUUCAAGGAUUUCAAGAUUCUUACAACAAUGCGAGCGUUCAUGUCGCUAAUUCUCAGAAAAUGUUCACACAAACAGCUCCAAAAAAGCCAACCAUCCUUACCUCCUUUCCGACUCGUACCUUUUGGGAUACCAUAGACAUUGAUGAAAACAAUGAAAUUACUCUGAAAGAUCUUUUGGAUAUCAUGAAAGAUCGAUACAAUUUGGAAAUUUCCAUGUGCUCAUCAGGACGAAGCAUGCUCUUUUCAUUCUUUUUGAAACCACAACGUCGUUCGAAUGAUCUUGCGAAAACCAUUUCACAAUUGGUUUUUGAGAAAAGUAAGACACCAGUUUCUUCAAAAUACAUCUUGAUAGACAUGUGUUGCAAUGAUUUGAUUACUCAAGAAGAAUUUGAUGACGUCCCUUCUAUUCGAUAUCGAUGUUAUCAGGACCAACCAAGAAGAACUCACAAUUGA